GCGCGCGCAGUUCGCUCCGGCGCUUCGUAACAGAAGGACGGCGCACGCGCAUCGCAGCAGAGAUCUAGGCCACACACAAGUGUCAGUUCACGUUUUCGCUUAUUAUGGAAAAAGUGUGUUUAUUGACCAUUCGAUAAAUUGUAACGGAUUAUCGGGGUGCCGGCACAUUCGCCGUGUUAAAUCCAAAAGGCCGAUACAUCAAAUAUCGAGGGUUUAUCUAUGUAGGCUGGCGUGAUAAGUGUUGUGUGUUACCGUAUUGUUUUGGCUGCUCAGUCCCGUCCGCGUCGGUUUCGAGCCGUCUGCGAGCGUUUCCCCGUACAGUGUUGAUUUAAUUUUGUGAAUGAGUCAGCUAACAGGCGUUGGUAUCGUUAGCUUUGUCAACGUGCUGCCCACAAUAUCUGAAGGCGUGACAAUGAGAGAAAAAAGGGGAGGCGCUAUGAGCAAAAUGCAAAAGCUCAGGAAACGCCUGUCCCUUAGCUUCGGUAGAUUAUCAACGAAAGACGAGUCGGAGUGCGAAAGCGGUGAGGGUGGUUGCCGCGGCCGGCAGCAGAACGGCGGCGCGCGAGGCAAGCUGCCCUACAACGGCUACUCCGAGGAGUGCCUCGACCGCCUAGAGCCUAACGGCAAUAUACCCCACGAUAAGGAUUCACAUUAUGAGUGGAGCGGCGGCGGUAACGGGGAGUACCGGGUGCGUCGUCAGUUAUCCGUGUCGUCGGACUCCAAGCUGUUAGACGAGGGGGCGCGGGAGGAGGCGCGGGUCGUGAUGCGGCCCAAACGCCCGCCCAGGCCCAAAUCCGAGGCCUUUCUUGGCCCACAUGAACACAAUAGACGCACCAAGCGGUUUAGUGCCUUUGGGGGUGAUUCUCCGUUCGGGAAAUCCGAAGCGUAUAUGAAAUUGGAGCAGCUCGGUGAGGGUUCCUACGCAACUGUCUACAAGGGUUAUAGCAAUUUAACGCAACAGGUUGUCGCGCUAAAGGAGAUAAGACUGCAGGAAGAUGAAGGUGCGCCCUUCACAGCCAUACGCGAAGCCUCUCUCCUGAAAGAACUGAAGCACGCAAAUAUAGUCACCUUGCACGAUAUUGUGCACACCAGAGAAACACUCACAUUUGUCUUCGAGUUUGUGGACACGGAUUUAUCUCAGUACAUGGAGAGGCACCCCGGCGGCCUCAAUCACCACAACGUCAAGCUGUUUAUGUUUCAACUACUAAGAGGUCUCUCCUAUUGCCAUAGAAGACGAAUUCUACACAGGGACGUCAAACCACAGAACCUCUUAAUAAGCUCUCACGGCGAACUGAAGCUCGCUGACUUUGGUCUGGCGCGCGCCAAGUCCGUGCCCAGCCAUACAUACUCACACGAAGUUGUUACGCUUUGGUACCGACCGCCAGAUGUCUUGCUGGGCAGCACUGAAUACUCCACAUCUCUGGACAUGUGGGGUGUGGGCUGCAUCUUUGUGGAGAUGCUGUGCGGCGUGCCCACCUUCCCCGGCGUCAGGGACACGCACGAUCAACUUGAAAAAAUAUUCAAGGUGGUGGGCACGCCGACGGAGGAGAGCUGGCCGGGCGUGUCGCGGCUGCCGGGACUGCGCGAGCACGUGUCGCGGUGGGGCACGUGCGGGGCGCGCGCGCUGGGCGCCGCCUGGCCGCGACUGCGCGAGGCGGGCCGCGACGCCGAGCGCCUCGCCGCCGCGCUGCUGCAGCCCGAGCCGCAGCGACGUCUGCCCGCGCACAGGGCCACGCACCACGCAUACUUCGCCGCGCUCCCGCACAGGCUGAGAGACCUGCCCGAUGAGGUGUCGAUCUUCACAGUGGAGGGCGUGUGCCUGCACCCGGAGACACGGCACGUGGCCAUCAAGUGAGACUACGACGUCGCUAUUUAGUUGAAUCUGUUACUCUUGUUCCUUUGUACGUACACGGCGCCGCGCGCUCACAUCUGACGCGCUCGCAGCAACAGAAAUACACGAGUGCACGUGUACCGACUAGAGUGCACGUGUACCGACUAGAGUGCACGUGUACCGACUAGAGUGCACGUGUACAGACGCGAGUGUGCGCUCGGCGCGGACCUUAUUAGUUAGUACGUUUUAAUUCCUAUAGUUUUAAUGGGGACAGUCGAAAACCGGUUGGUACGUUUCGGUGGACCAAAUUUCGUGAUAGUACCAUCGUCUAGUUUAAAUGUACGGGCAUCGAAUGCCUCUCGGUCUUCAGUUGAACGUCAUUCAGUUUGUCCAUCCGUCGACUGCUUUCGACUUUAAUAUUAUAUUAGCGCUUGUUAAGCUUCUAACGUAAUAUCCAUCCAUAUAAAUCAAUUAUUCUAUGGUGACAAGGUAAACUGAUAGGUGUGUACGAUUUUUAUGUAUUUAAAUAUAUAUAUGAACAGAGCAGUGUGCCAUGUAUGUCUAUUUGUAACUGAUUGAAGAGAACGAUGAGUUAUUUUAAAAUAUUUUUAUGCUGGAUAAUAUGGCUCAUAAUU